AGUGCUGACUUAACUCGAGAGCUGCGCACUUUUGUCUAGGUUCUCGACGCACUUCGUGGCUGUGCUAUCUUAUGGCAAUGGCGAAGAACUGGGAGACGAAAGCGGCGACUACUUGCGAAUCGUCACCAUUAUAUUGAGAUGGCCACCCCAUGUGUACUUUUGAUUUUCGAGCAUAUUCGCAAGAUGCACACAGAAAAAGAACAAUGGAUCUCGACACCACGUUCGAGCUUGUGUUUGUGAUCGUGGCAAGCAUAUUAGCCAUUGCAGGUAUAUGGCUUGCAGCCAAACACCGUCGCAAUUGUAAGAACCUCCGCCGCUCGAUCUCACUCGUGGAGUCGCCGAAAUCUCAACAAACACUUCCGUUGAGUUAACUAACGUCCUCGCUGUCAGACC